UUUUUUGCCAUUUUUUAGGUCCGAUUGUGAAAGUGAUGAUGGCAGCACUAAAAAGUUCUGGCUGUCCCAUAGAUAUACGACGACACAUUUCUUGCGAAGUUUGUGAUUAUUCUGUGAGUGGUGGUUAUGAUCCUGAAUUAAAUCAGAUUGUAGUGUGUCAAAAUGUCUCUACUCGCAAAGGAAUGGUACAAGGAGUGCUGACCCAUGAGAUGAUUCACAUGUUUGACUAUUGCCGCAAUGAGCUGGACUUUAAAAACAUGGAACAUCUGGCUUGUACAGAGAUCAGGGCUGCCAACCUGACACAUUGUUCUUUUGCUAGUGCUUGGUCACAGGGAGAUGCCUCUUGGACUAAGAUUAAGAAGGCACAUGAGGACUGUGUGAAAACUAAAGCACUCUAUUCUGUGUUAGCAGUAAGACAGAUUGGAAAAGCAGAAGCAGUGAAUAUUAUAGAGAAAGUAUUCCCCAAAUGUUAUGCGGAUUUGGAACCAAUAGGCAGAAGAAUUAGAAGAAAUUCCGAAGACAUGUAUCGUGCUUUUAGAGAAGCAUCUUAUUAUGGGUACGAAUAAUUUGAAUUACUGUUGUUUAUUGUAGAUAGUGUAAAUAAUAAAUCAAAAUAAAAUACAGG